AUGAGAGUGCACUAUUCAUAUGCGACAGUAUAUAGAGCUCAAUCGUCUAGAAUUAGUUCCAGUAUAUUUGCGACGAAAAUACUUAAACAAAAGCGGAUGUCAUAUAUAAAAGCUAAUACAAUAACAUCAUCAGCAACAGUAUCAUCAUCAGCGGAAACCAGCAAAUCUACAAAACACGCAUCGAAUUUAUUAGUUUACAAAAAUAUACUUGACCGCCAAAGUCGACAUAGUCAAAAAGAUAACUCUACCGACAAAGAUACUCGAUCUUCGGAUUCGAUAAAACAACCUGAAUUAGCUCUUCUUUUAUCAUGGCGAAAAAUUUUCAACAAAAGGCCGAUAUAUACAAAGCGGAAGCAGAACGAACCCCUUGAACAAGAAAAUAUGACCAACUCGUCGAUCAUGGAAGGGGCACUAAAAGUGCUUAUGGGAGUAUUGUUUAAAUUAAUAAAGCAUCCGCACGGAACAAACAGAAAGAAUGAGACUAUGCAAGCCACAGUUGACGAUACAGAAUCCCUGUCCAUGAAUCAGUAUAUGUCUCCAGACUAUCUUGAACUAGCAUCAAAAACGUUACAUUCAGACUCGGCUUUAACCUCUGUGGGUGAACCUUCCCUACGCGUUUUUACCAUUCCUUUUGGUUAUCUUGAUGCGUCUCUCUUCUCUGAAUAUGAGGACUUUGACGACGAGGACUUUAUCAUUGAGACGUCCUUUCCUCUAGAUAAUUCUUACAAGUUUAUCUCCUCUGAGGAAGAUGACGAGGACUUCUUCAGCCAUUUAACUGAUGACAGUUUGUUAGGGUCAGAUAUACACAAGACGGUCUCGGAUCGUAGACAUAUUACCAAUGAACUUGAGAAUGAGGAUAGCUCACAGCAUCGUUUGGAUGAUGGUAUGCAGAAGCUUAAGAGCUUCGGCGAAGUUGAUUCAUACAAGCUAACUGAUAGUGGUAUACAGCAUGUAAAAAGUGAGAGCAUAUCGCCGAAAAGUUGUAAAAAGAAGACAAAAAAACAAGCAGGCGGGCAUGAGACGUCAACUGCUGCAACGACAGAGUUGAAAAGUUUUAGAUCGAGAACAAGAGGUGGAGGUCUACAAGAGGACUCUAUAAGAAGACGGGCUAAGCGAAAGAGAAACUCAAAGACAGACAAUUUCGUGCAUUUGUAA